GAGCGCGGCGCCGGGGCCGCGCGGCCGCAAAGGAGCUCCCUCGUGUCGUAAAAGGGCCGCACGUGAGCACAGCUCUGCCAGACGGCUGGGGCUCCAUUUUGGACGCUGUGUCUGCUGCGCCAAGUUGGGGGAACCUGUUGCUCGUCACGGAGGCGCUCCCGCCGAACUCGGCCCCGCACCUGGCGCUCGCGGCCGGCCGGCCGGCGUCCUGGCUUCGGUGAGCGGCCCGCGGGGCCGGCCGGACGGCGGCGGCGCGAUGUGGCCCGAGGGCGCGGACGAGCGGCGGGCGCCCGAGCAGCCCCGCGACCGCCCCCGGAGCCCCGCGCGCGCCGCCCUCGAGCGCGAGCACGUGCGCGCGCACCUGCGGGCCCGCCUGAAGCUGCUGGAGGUGGGGAUCCUGCUGGACCGGCUGCAGAGCGAGGUGGACUCGGUGGAGGGCGCCGUGGGUCAGGGCCGCUGCGGGAGCGGCGAGGCGGAGGAGCGGGUGCUGAAGCUGUACGAGAAGGCGGAGAGGAAGGCCGCCGAGGUGGCGCGGAUGGGGCGGAGGAUCGUGGAGCUCCACGGCCAGAUCGACAGCUGCGGCUUCUCCUGAGGGACGCGGGCGCGGAAACUUGAGGUCGGAGUUCUGCAAGAGAGAAGACGCUACUUGGCUGCAGUUGCUGACGCAAGAAGCCAGACCCCCUUCAGGGAUGUGGACGCCACCGCUUUGGAUCAGAUUGAGAGGGCCCCCGGUGAGAUCGGGGGCUGUUGGGCACGGAGAGCGGUGAUGUCUGCGUUUUGGGAUUCUGCAGUCCGUCAGCUCGGAGCAGGAGAGCUGCGUUCUUUUCAUUUUCUUUGUUUGGUUGUUUCUUUUCUUUCAGAAAUGUAAUUUUUCUGUGGCCUGUAAACUGGUGCACAUCGUGUAACGUGUCUGGUGAGCAACCUAGACUAAAGGAUGAGAUCUAGGUACUGUGAGUCUUGGCUGACUCUGAGAUAAACUUUUUUGAUCCAGUCAGGCAUUUCAGGAGCUUCUCUGCCACAACUGCACGUGAUAUUUGCAUGGCUUGGAGGGUUUGGGGAGGACAGCCUGGCGCUGACCGGGGUGGGCCCCAAACUGAUAGCAGGGAGCAGCUUCCAGGCUUAGAGGACCUCUGGCCGAGGUCCUCAGAGCAGAGCUCACAGGAACUGAGAACAGGGCUCUAGCUCGUGAUAAAGUUCGUUUGCCUGGAAAACAAGCAUUGAAAGCCAGUUUUUGGAAUCUUUGUGCAAACUACCAAAGCCAUUGACUUGGCUGGGAAAAGGUGAGAUAAAUAAAUUUUUUUCACAAUGAAA